AUGAAAACCCGCGCCGAUACUGAUGAGAUAGCUGCACCGCCGAGGACUGUAUCAGGAGUAGGCUGUGUGGCUGAUAUAAUGUGCUCCUUACGGACUUGUUCAUGUAGGACUGUGCAGUGGGUUCAGCUUCAUAGUAGGUCCCAAUUUAAAGACCUUCAUUGGAUAAGAUGUCCCUCUCUUGGUGCAGCUUUCGUCUUUUCUUUGCUAGUUCCUGCCCUAGCUGUAGCCGAAUCCCAUCAGUGGGAUGGACAAGUCCCAGUGGAAAGUUAUGAAGUAGGCUGGUCAGAUCCAGAUCUACAAGAUAUAAGUUCUCAUGUACCAGUAAAUGCCCAGAGCCUUUCAGAUGAAUCCAGAACUUCUCUGGAGGAGGGAGUAUUAACAUCUGAUCACUGGGAUCAUUCAUCAUUUCAGCCCUCCAGUGUCUUUUCUAAUGGUGAAUUUGGGGCAAUAGUUGCAGACUCUUACCGUGGCCCAGGCAAUAGUGACACAAGGACCAACAAAGAGUUGCCCAUUCUCUUAUGGUGGAGUGAAAACCUCUUCCCUCACUUCCCAGGACAGACUGAAAGGAUUAACUGUCCUCUCAGCUCCUGUCUGGUGACAAAAAAUAAGAGGGUGAAACUUCACAAGAGAACAAAGUCUAUCAUCUUUUAUGGGACAGACUUCAGGGCAUAUGAAGCACCGCUCCCCAGAUUACCUCAUCAGACGUGGGCACUGUUUCACGAAGAAUCACCAAUGAACAAUUAUGUCCUGUCACACGUGCCGGGAAUUAGACUCUUUAACUACACAGCAACCUUUAGAAGGGAAUCUGAUUACCCGCUCACUUUGCAGUGGCUGCCGACUAUCGGUUAUCUCCAGAACCCAGCAGUACCCAUAGCAGAAAAAAAUAGGUGGCGUAAGAAGGGCUAUGCUCCGGUCUUGUAUAUGCAAUCUCACUGCGAUGUACCAUCGGACAGAGACCGAUAUGUGAAAGAGUUAAUGAAGCAUAUACAGGUUGAUUCAUAUGGCCAGUGCCUGAGGAACCUUGACCUUCCAAACAAGAGGCUUGAGGACACUUCAACAGCCACCACUGAGGAUCCAGAGUUUAUGGCUUUUACUGCCAGGUACAAGUUCCACUUGGCUAUGGAGAAUGCUAUAUGUGCCGACUAUAUGACAGAGAAACUUUGGCGUCCAAUGCAUUUGGGGGCAAUUCCAGUGUAUCGAGGUUCACCUUCUGUAAGAGACUGGAUGCCCAACAAUCACUCAAUUAUAAUAAUUGACGACUUUGCUUCUCCAAAGGAUCUGGCAGAAUUUAUUUUGGCUCUGGACAGAGAUGAUGAGGCAUAUCUAAAAUAUCUGGAAUACAAGAAACCUGGUGGAACGACCAACAAGUUCCUGCUAACCAGUAUGGAAAACAGAGAAUGGGGGGUGAAUGACAUGACAGCCCCCAAUUACCUCAAUGGAUUUGAGUGCUUUGUCUGCGAUAAAGAGAAUGCUAGAAUCACAGCAGAAAGACUGCAUAAGAAAACACAGGGUGAAACGCCAGCACCAGAGCCUCACAUUGCUAACUACAGCCAUAUGGGCUGUCCCAUGCCUGUGCCUGGACUGGGGACUACUGAGGAGCUCCCAGAAAAUGACAGCUGGAAGCAAAUGUGGUUGCAGGAUUACUGGCAAAGCUUAGACCAAGGAGAAGCUCUUACAGCCAUGAUUCACCGAAACGAGAAAAGCCAAGAAAGGUUUUGGGAUUUUAUGCAUGAAAUGUACAUCAAGCGGAGUAUGAACCACUGACCUCACAACGCGUUUAUAUACGUUUUUUCUUUAAAGCCAAACUGUGUAUGAA